AUGACGACGGAGAGGUACUUUCAGAAUUAUCUCUAUAAAAGCUGGUUAUAUCAAUUUUCUCUGUCCUCGAUAUUCCAGAUCAAAGAAUUCAAGUUCGAUGACAAAUUCUACAACCUAAUUCAAGUAUCACAGCAAGAGUACGAGCAUUGCACAUCACUUGAGCCUCUAAGGAUAUUCAACAGUAGUCCAGUAAUUUUACCAUUGAAGGAGAGAGGUGUGUUAUACUUCACAUGCAGCAUCUCAAACUACUGUUGUCUGGGCCAGAAGAUUGUGAUUUACGUCCACGAUCGUCCCCUCCCACCACCACCACCACAAUCACCAUCACCUUCUCAAGCACCAAUCACAAUCUCUCCACAACUAUCACCAAAUGCUUUGGUUCCUCAACCUCAAGGAUCUAGCCCUCCAUCUCCAACUACAAACACACCAGGAACUAAUGGUGGGAACCCUCCUGUGCCAUCUUCCCCUCGAGAGGGGAAGUCUAAUGCAGUGGCAUUGAUUGGUGGGAGAAGUUUCAUUGUGCCAAUGUGGCCACUCUUGUCUAUGGUUGGUGUUUUCUUUGGAUUUUGGAUGAUGUAG